AUGUACACUUCAAUAGGCACACCAUUGGCCACAUUUGCUCUCCUAAGUGUAGUUCCAGUCGUGCCAGCCGGUCUGUGGACGCAUCUGGUCGUGCAAUACGACGCCUUCACUGGGCGAUCUGCGGCUUUUCUCAAUAAAAAGGAAAUACUGCAAGGUGUCUCAGGCGGAGGUUCUCUGAAAAUAAACUGGGGAGAGUUCACGACCAUAGGCCAAUCUUACAUCAACGAGGUGUUACGACUCAAAACGAAAGGGAACAUAGAUGAGUUUUAUAUCUACUUCUGUGCCGUUCCAGAGAUGGUUAUCCAAAGACUCGCUGACUCGUGUCACGUAGACGGAAAAUGUGCAGCGAUUGGGCCAGGUAACAUUGUAGGCUUUGCUACUUUGUAGAGUAACUGUUUAUUUCUCAAUCUAUAGCCUUCAAACAUCCAGUCCUGUCGGAGUAAAGGGGUUGAGGGGAAGGGGUGUAGACGGGGUUACACAGUGUCAGUAAGUCUGCCCUGGAUGUCAUUGGGGUGCGGCACGCAUACAUUAUACUAGUUUCCUAAGGUGAAGCCAAUUUUGGAUACCAAACGUACCUGAGUUUCUGCCUUUCUUUGUUCCUAUAUUCCUUCCUUUUCCCUUUAUCAAUUUAUCGUUAUGCUAAAUUAAUUCGUAAAAUUAUAUCCUUUUGCUUUUCCCUAUUUUCGCCUUGUUUUGAGCACCACAAAUUUGGAUGAAAAAUAUUUCCAUGUUACAGGAGUAAAAGAUCCAUGUGAUGCCCACGAUGCAUUUUACUGUAAGAAUGGAAAGUGCGUUGGGCAAGAAUGGCGCUGCGAUGGAGAAAACGACUGCGGGGACUGGAGCGAUGAAACAGAAUGUGGUUAGAGUUAUCUUUUUCUAACUGAUAUGCAAAAGUGCCCUUUCCGUGUUAAUGUGUAUAGCUACAAGUUAACAAAUACUUGCUCAUUUGGCAUAUAGAGAAGAUCCAGGCGUAGUUAAUCGAUGAACCGAUAAUCGGUAACAAUCGAUAUCAGUCUUCCGAUAUCGAUACAUAGAUAGCCAUAAAGAAAAAAGGCUUUGACUUCGAUUAUUAUCUUUUGCCCAACCAAGUGCGACCCCUUAUGCAAAAUAAUGGCAGCGAUCUGGAGGAUUUCAAUGGCCCUGUAUAUACCGCAUUGAAUUGGAUUCCAAUGUGAGCGAGAUUCGUGGAAAAAACUGCAAGAUGCAAUCGACUGAAGCAAAAUGUAAUUGACAUGUAAAGAUCCAUGAAAACCAGAGGAACAGAAAAUCAAGACUACACCAACGGUUUUUUUCUCAAACUGAAGAAGGGACAUAAACCCGAAACGUUUGUAUUUUUUUAGAAAAACAUUUGACACUUUUUUAUAUUUCUUUACCUAAUAUCACCUCAUCAGCUACACCUGGAGUACUUGCUGAAGUCAAAAACAAAAUGUGUUAAGCUGAAGCUGGUCUCGUCGGUGUUGUGUGCCAAAUAGUAUCGUUAUGUUCAGAGUAUCUGAACCAUAUGCUCUUCAAUAUUAUUACUUGUUAUCGAUCACUAUCGAUUGUUAUCAAUUUUUGUUAAUCGAUAAUAAGUGAUAGAUUAUUUUUUCUAUCGAUUUCCGAUAUCAAUCGAUGACAAUCGGCGGAUGAAAUCGAUUGAUAUCGAUCAUACCGAUUGAUUUCCGAUAUCGAUUUCUAUCGAUUAACUACGUCUGGAGAAGGUGUUUUAGACUUUUUGAGACCCUGUUUUUGGGUGACUAAAGUUUUUAGGAAAUGGAUGAUGAGCUGGUUUACCGCUUUGAUAUCAGCAAUGAGACUUCUACACAGCUACAGUCUACAAGCAUGUUAUAUACACUUGUUGGGAAUUUCUCCCUAUUAACUACCUUGACUCUGCCUUCCGCCUGCCCAGGGCACUAAAUCGGUGUAUUUCACCUAUCUUGUUUUCCUACCAGAUGUUCUAUGCUCAGUUGGGAGUUGCUUGUUUAGUGUUUCCUCUGUACGGCGUGCGUGUCAGCUUUUUUCAGUGUGCUUUAAAGGGACAUGUUCACAGUUCGGCGCAUGUUCAUUAAUUAAAUUACUUUUUUUCCAAUUUAUUAUUAAUUCUAUCGGUUAAUAAUCCAUCUCACAUGUAUCUCAGCGAUCUCAGAGUGUAUUUCAAAGAAGAAGUGCAUUUCAGAGUAAUCUGAAGUGGGAUGGAGGAGUACUAAAAUCGCAGAAAAACUAGUGGAUUAUGCCAACACUACCAACGUUGAAUUUAUCGUUGUCCCGAAGGUUUUAUUCCAUGGUGGAUAAAUUUACAACUUUUUGCACAUAAGUUGAUCACGUGACUGCAAGGGGAGUGUCCAGAUUGGUUCUUUGACAACAUUAUGACAUGCUCAUUUUGCUUUCAUAGACGAUACAGCAUGUCCCGGCAGAAAAAACAGCAUUUUCAUUACCGGGCAUGCGCUGAACCGUGAACCUGUCCCUUUAAUUCCUUUGAAAUGUUAGAUAAUGGAAUACCACUCUAGAUGCCUGGAACAAAGAUUGUUCUGUACUAUUUCUACCAUCCAUUAACAAAAGCAUUUAUUUCGUAGAUGGCUUCUGUAAUCCAGGAGAAAAAACAUCUUCCACUAAGGGGAGGUGUGUGCCAUGUUUUUGUAUGGGGCAUUCUCAGGAAUGCAGUAAUUCACAGAUGUACCGGAGCAGGGUGAGUAAUGAACAUUGUCACAUUUCCACACUUUGAAAAGCGUGUAAAAUCAAAUUUUAGUUAAAAAAAAGUGUGGAGAAGCUUGAAAAUACGAUCGGAAAGUAAAGUUUUGGAGUUUAUAAUGCAUUUUAGAAGAUUGGAACGGAGUGACUUAGAGCAUUUCCAGAUAGAAACCUUCCCACCUUUGUGAUAGUGGAAAAGAAAUCGAUAACCGGACACAAAUGAAUGCCAGUCAGUUAGACUGUUGCAGAUCUUAGCUUGGUCACGAUAUGCACGCCUAUUCCUGAAAGGUUAUGUUCAAUUGCUCAUGUUCGGGCCCGAACCCUGGUCGGUAAAUCGUUUCGACCCCUUUGAGACUGGACUUGUAAUGUGAUGUCCCUGUCCUGGACAUGAAAUCUUAUUGUUUUAGUAUUAUGAGGUGUCAUAACAUGUGCUUUUCGCUCUUAAAGAAAAUUGUAGUUAGAAGUCUGUAAGAUGUGUUCACGAUGGAACUCUAACGUUAUUGUCAUUGCUGUCAGGAAAAGAAUUUGUUUUGGAGUCCAAGCAGAACAGAUUACAAAUUAAACUUUCGUUUUCAAGCUUCUUAACUACGUUAAACCAUAGUGACAAUAAAUGGAAAUCCGUUUCGUUUUGAAUUCCUUCUUGAAACAAUUAGUAAGAGUACAAGAAGUCUGUGAACUUUACCACGGGAUUCAUGUUUAGUAUCAUUUUUCCCUUUCUCCACUGACCUUGCAGAGAGCUGGUAGAUGCUCAUUUUUUCUUCAAAGUUUGGGCGAGCGGCGAGUCGCUAAAUCGAGACGAGCAAAGUGACCGUCGCGCGUGUGGUCAUUUACUGUCGCGCUAAGAGCGCUUGCCAAAAGUCAGAAAUGAUCUGAGUAUGGCGAGUCGUUUUGAAAAUAAGACACUCUUUAUAAGAGUUUUUGUUAGAAAUCCAUCACUUCCGUGCAUAUAUUUUAGGAAACAUGGCGUGACAUAGCAGGGCGGUAAUUUUAACGACUAGACCGGUCUGGCCAGCGCGUUCUUGCUAAUGUGAGCCCUCUAAGAUAAAUGGUAGAUAUACUAGUAGUCUCCUUACCCUGCGGGUCUUAUUUCAGAUGAAUCUGGAAAUAAGGAAUUUCACCGAUGGACCAAUCAUCCGUCUAGUAGUUGUCGAUGGGGAGAAAGUGUCUGGCAUAACUUACACUACAGAGAAAAUUAACAAUGAGGUAGUGGCUCAUAACAUUUCCAAGCAGAUGCAAUAUUACUGGGCUCUACCGAAAGCGUUUUUAGGGAACAAGGUAAAGAUCUCGUAGUCAUAGCUUCUACAUUGCUACGGGGAAAGGUUCACGGUUCAGGGCAUGCUCAUUUACCAAAAUGCUGUUUUUCUGCCGGGACAUGCUGUACCGUCUAUGCAAGCAGUAUGAUCAUGUCAUAGUGUUGUCAAAGAACCAAUCUGCACAAUCUCCUGGCAGUUUCUUGCACAUCAUCAACUUAAAUAUUUGCAAAUAGCUGUAAAUUAAUCAAUCAUGGAAUAAAACCUUCGGGUCAACAAUAAAUUUAACGUAGUUAGUGUUGGCAUAAUCCACUAAUUUUCUCUGCUAUUUUGGUACUCCUCCAUCUUACUUCAGGUUACUCUGAAAUACAAUUCUACUCUGAAAUAUAUUCUGAGAUCGCUGAGAUACAUAUGAAUAAGAUUAUUAACCGAUAGAAUUAAUAAAAAAUUGGAAAAAGGUAAUUUAAUUAAUGAGCAUCCGCUUAACCGUGAACCUGUCCCUUUAAGGUCCUCUCAAUCAUAGCUGAACCAAAAAUAAGAAUAAGCUUCUUCCAUGGUCGAAUUGUCCGUUUAUAAGUUUGAGGAGAGUGUUUUUGUAGCUGCAGAGAACUGUUGUAUAGGAUUCAUUCAACUUGUAGGAUUGCAGUUUAAUUUCAUUAGCAUAAAAAAUGUUGAAUUAGUCUUUCUAUUUAAUUUCCCAAGUUUUUUGUUUUAUCUUUCAAUCCCAGAUAAAAAGUUAUGGUGGAAAGCUUCGUUUCACUGUCAAGCACAGUCCAAAAUCUCUGCCUAAACAUGAACGAGUUGUGAGGGAAAUAAUUUCCUUCGAGAACUUUGAAGCAGACUUCCUUAUUGACAGGAAGGGGAGCGAAGACACAAUCGAUGGAUCUGGAAUAGAGGACGUCACCACUCCAAAAGCAUCCACAACAAGAUCUGAUACGACUUACCCUGUAACAGAUAUAGCGACUGAAGAAGAUGAAACAAUCACGUCUGUUACCUCUCAAGCCUACAACACUGAGAGUGCUACAACAGUAGCAUACACAUCAGGACCUGACACGACCUACCCUGUAACAGUUGUAACUACAGAAGAAGAUAAAACAACCACGUCUGUCCCCUCUUCAGCAUACAGCCUAGAGAGUACUGUCCCAGAGGCAUCCACAGCAGGACCAGAUACCACUUAUCCUAUAACGGAUAUGGGUACCGAGGAAGAUAAAACACCCACGUCUGUUUCUUUUUCCGAUAGUACUAACAGUACCAUCCAGGAAGCAUCGAUAACGGUACCAGAUACGACCUACCCUGUAACAGAUGUAGUGAUUGAGGAAGAUGAAACAACCGCGUCUGUUCCAUCUUCAACAUACAGUACUGAGGGUACUACCACAGAGGCAACCACAACAGGAUCAAGUACAACUUAUAGCGCAACAGAUGUAGCUACCGAGGAAGACGCAACAAGUACAUCUGCUCCUUCUUCAGAAUACGGUACUGAAAGCACCACCCUAGACGCAUCCACAGCAGGACCUGAAACGACUUACCCUGUAACAGAUGUAGCUCCUGAGGAAGAUAAAACAACCGCGUCUGUUCCCUCUUCAGCAUACACUUCUGAGAGCACUGCCCCAGAAGCAUCCACCACAGGAUCUGAUACGACUUACCCUGUCACAGAUAUAGCUACUGAGCAAGGUGGAACAAUCGCGUCUGUUCCGCCUUCAGCCUACAGUACUCAGGGUAAUGCCCCAGAAGCAUCCACUGCAGGACCAGAUACGACGUAUCCCGUGACAGAUAUAGCUACCGAGGAAGAUGAAACAACCACGUCUGCUCCAUCUUCAGCAUACAGUACUGAGGGUAAUGCCCCAGAGGCAGCCACAACAGUAUCAAAUACGACUUAUCCUGUAACACAUGUGGUGACCAAGGAAGAUGAAACAACCACGUCUGUUCCAUCUUCAGCAUACAGUACUGAGAGUACCAUCCCAGAAGCGCCCAGAACAGGACCAGAUACGACUGAACCUGUGACAGAUAUGGUGACCGAGGAAGAUGAAACAACCCCGUCCGUUCCCUCUUCAGUAUAUACCACUGAGAGCAUUACCCCAGACUUAUCCACGACAGCAGAAGAUACGACUUUACCAGUUACAGAUAUAACUACCGAGGGAGAAGAUGGCACAACCACGUCUGCGCCUUCUCCUGUUUAUAAUACUUACAGUGCUUCUAAAGAGGUGCUUACCGAGAAAGAAGGUGAACCAACGACUCUCUUGCCCUCGUCUGCCUACAAUACUUACAUCACUACUUCAGAAAUAUCUUCAUCAAUAACCGACACGACUUUUCCUGUAAAAGAUGCAACUACUGAGGGUAAAGAGAGUGAAGCCACUUCCGUGCUUUCUUUAGCUUACAGUAUUGACCAGGCUACUUCAGAAGUAUCCACCGCAAUGCCAGAUAUUACUGACCCUGCAACAGAUGCAACUACUCAGGGAGAGGAUGAAACAACCACGUCAGCACCUUUGUCAGCUUACACUUCUGAUAGUAGCACUAAGCAAGCGCACACAACGGUAUCAGACUCGACCUACCCUGUAACAGAUGCAGCUACUGAAGGAGAAGAUGUAAAAACCACGUCUGCACCUUUGUCAGCUUACACUGCUGGUAGUUCUCUUAACAAAGCAUCGACAGCGGUACCAGAUAUGACAUACCCUCUAACAGAUGCAGCUACCGAGGGAGACAAAGAAGUCACGACUGUGCCUUCUUCAGCUUAUGGUACCGACAGUACUACUACGGAGGUAUCCACAGCAGUACCAGAUACCACCACCUCUCUGCCUCCAUCGGUCUCCAGAGCUGAAACAACAGCCACUGAAACAUCCUCAACUGUAUUAGGUUCUUCCACCACAGAGGCACAUAGAUACACGGAUGACCAGAAGGAAAGGUCGGCUGCCAUACCUUCCACAUUGUAUGGUACUGACGACCUCUCUACUCCUUCAGUAACCAAGCGAUCAGGUACGCCCGUUAUAGAUGCAUCCAGCGACGCUCCUUAUGAAACGACAUUUUGGCCAACCUCUAUCCAAACGACGGAAAGGCCUUCUACCGAAGCUUCUGUCACUCCAGUCAGUAAAAUUACAGACGCCGUUCUAAUGGUGGUAUGUAUUUUUUUCAGUUAAGUUGAUACUUUUUGUUUUAUCCUCCGCUUCAUCAGGGACCCUUUCUCAAAAGUCCUGCUAAUUUUUCAGGCCAAAAGACAAAUUUACCCCACCGGGUAAUUACCGGCGCAUUUGAGAAACGGGCCCCUGAUAAUCAAAGCUCUUUUCUCCCACGUCUUAGCUGUGACUCCACUUUUUGCCUUCUUUUAUAAUAGUAAUUUUGAUUACACAGGGCAAGGACGCUACCUUGGUUUUCCAUCACGAGUUACGGUCGGACAGUGACAACUCCCAAGUAACAAUGGAGGUCUCUAUUACUGAGGUAGCCUAAUCUAUGAUUAAUCUAAACAUGGUAAACCUACUGUAACCUAUGUUCACACUUGGUAACUAAGCACUAGUUCUUAGUUAUCGGCACAAAAUGGUGUGGUCUUCACUGGGAGAACUUGAGUGCCUAAUAUUCAACUCAUAUUGUCAGACGCCAGUUUGAAGCGUGAAUGUGUCAUGAUAUGCAAAGCAUUGGAUUGCCUCAGAAACGUGUGCACACAGGGUAACCAGGAAAAGUACCGUACUCGGGCACCGUGCUCCGGCAACAAGUGUGAUCACAGCCUUAAUAAAUAAUGGAUAAUUUACCGUGUAAGCUGCUUAGCUGCCUAGCCUUAUCUAACUCAAUGACAAUGACGAUAAUAUGUAAAUGACACUAGCAACUGGCAAGUCAAUUGUUGCUUUUUCAAGUUUUGCAUAACGUUUUUUAGAAAAGCUUCUCAGGGCACGAAGAAAAGUUCCACCCAGUAGUCUGGGACUAGUAAUUUUUCUUGCUGAGCAAGUAACUUUUCAACCUUACUUGCCCAAUGGACAAGGGUCCACGCGAGUCAUCCUGUAACAAAAUCAUUAGUAAGCUUUUGCAACAGGACGGGAGAGGAAAGAAGACGGAAAACCUUGUGUGACAAUCGUGACAAUAAUUUUGUUCGAAAAACGUUUUUGCCGAGCUUCAGCCUCCUUUUAACAGGCCCUUAUGUGAAAGACCAGAAAACAUCAACGUGAGGGAAGAUCACCACAAAAUACAUAAGUAAUAGGCCUGUCACGUUUGUCACACACAAGCGUUUUGCCGUCCUCUUCUUUCUGCCGUCCUGUUGCAUAAACGCAUUAUUAACUGAGACCAGAAGUUGCCCUGGGCAAGCAAAUUGUUAGAGAUGCUUGCCCAAGGGACAAGCAAGAAUUCAAUUUUCUUAGACUUGAAAACCUACUGGGUCUUUCAGAAUUUCCUAUAUAUGUCUGCAGUUUAUUUUAACUUGUAUUCAUGAAUAAUCCAGCGAAUUCUUAUUCUUUAAAAAUGACUUUUUGCAGUUUUACGUUUGAUUGUGUGACCUUUCAGGUCAAAUGGCGUUUACCGAAUGGCGUGGAAACGUCCAGGCACACUUUCAUGAGAGUUUUGUCAGAUAUACAGGCUAUCUAUAUCAGAGCGUCAUAUGGUGGCGAUGCAUCGAAUCUGGAGUCUCUGAGGUGAUUAUACUUUGCUCCACCUGUCUUUGCGUUAGUAACUCUGUUUGAAAGUUUAAUUGACCUUUGGUUUUGUUCUCUUUAGCAUCAAAGACCUUUCCCUUGACGUGUCUAGCCAACACGAUGCAGGGUUUGGGAAAGCCUUGUUGGUAGAACAAUGUGAUUGCCCUGUUGGAUACAGUGGACUGUCGUGUGAGGUAAUAUAACAAUGAAGCAAGUGUUUGUCGCACAUAAGUAGUACGCUUAUGGCAGCUUACAAAAGUGUUUUCUUGUGAUAUUUAGCUGAAUUUUUCAUGUCUCUAUUAAAGCACGUGAAAUACAGUUUGAAGACUUCAAAGAUUUUGGAAAGCAAUCAAAAUUAAAGUUCUGGCCGACCUUUCUUUUCCACCGGUCCGAUUUCUCACAUGAAUCUUUUUACACGAGGAGUUGUGUUGGAGGCAUUUUAUCUAGCUCUGGAUGAACACCAGAAACACGUACGUUCAAGCUGCUUUUUUUUUUUUUUACGAAGUCCUGAAAAUGACAUGGUGGUAUCUGUAGCAUUUGGAGUGGAAGCGAAGACUGACAAGUUCUUGACACUACUAUACCAGCCUAGAGUCUUCUCAAAACGAUAUUUUAAGGCUAAAUUAGAUAGAGUUACACUUUCUGACCUAACGGCGAAAAAGAAGAAAAACACCUUUUCAAUCGUUCAAUCUCAGAUUUCGAGAGAGGAUUGA